AUGCCUGACAGACAAGGCUCGGGGCUAAGCACCCAUGCACACUCAGCAUCCUGUUUGUCUCUCCUACAGAAAGCAUCAGGAAUAAGCUCUGUCUACACGAUACCAAGAUGGUAUCAUCAAAUAUUUGGAACGCUUCCCUCAGGAUUUUUAGAAGAGGAAACAUUGCAGCUGUCUUCUUAAUCGGAGCUUUUCUUUUGCUCAUUUACUUGUUGCAGAACAAUGCUGACAUUCUUGACUCUUAUGCCCCCUACCCUUCAACUGAUACAGCUGAAGAUUACAGUAAGUUAAAGUCAGCCAUAAAAUACCGUAAUCCAGUAUUUCCAGAGCAGAAAUGUAAAGCAAACAUGUCGGUUACCAACAUGAAGGAUUUCAGCUCACUUCCUGAUGCUAUAAAAGAGUUUCUCUACUACCGCCAUUGUCGGAAAUUCCCCAUGCUGCUGGACUUGCCAGACAAAUGUGGGGGGGUUAAUAAGUCCAAAGAAGUCUUCCUUCUGCUUGUCAUUAAAAGCUCCCCUUUGAAUUACGACCGCCGUGAGGUUCUGCGUAAAACCUGGGCUAAAGAGAGGUUACACAAUGGUGUGUGGAUUCGACGGGUAUUCAUCUUAGGAACGACGGGUUCUGGUGAGGAGAAGGAAAAAGGAAACAAUCUGCUAAAGGUGGAGCAAGAAGACUUUAAAGACAUCCUCCAGUGGGACUUUAACGACACAUUUCACAACCUCACCCUGAAGCAGACGCUCUUCCUUCAGUGGAUGGAAAGAAACUGUCCCAAUGUUCGCUUUCUGCUUAAUGGCGAUGAUGAUGUGUUUGCCCACACUGAAAACAUGGUGAAGUAUCUACAGAGCCUCCCAGACAACGAUGGAAGCAAGCACCUCUUCACCGGCUACUUGUUCAUAAACGAAAAAGUGGUCAGGUGGAAAGGAAGCAAAUAUUUCAUUCCAGUCCAGAUACAGAAAUCAAACGCAUACCAACCUUACUGUGGAGGAGGGGGUUACCUUCUGUCCGGAUACACAGCACUGGUGAUUAACCGGAUGUCUCAGUCGAUACCCAUUCAUCCCAUCGAUGACGCUUACAUGGGGAUGUGUCUGUCCAAAGCAGGACUUUCCCCUUCUUCUCACAUUGGUGUGAAAACAUUGGGACUAAACAUGCCUUCUAAAGGAGAAGAUCAUCUUAAACCGUGUUAUUUAAGAGAUCUUUUAUUGGUGCACAGAUUCUUACCAAUUGAUAUGUAUCUUAUGUGGAAACAAGUGCAUGAUCCCCAUUUGAAAUGUGGCCCCUCACAGAAACUGAGAUGAUAAUGCCCAGUUAGAGGGGACAUAUAGAUUAUAGCCUAAAGUUAGGCUGAUGACCUGGGCCGUACGCCGUACGCCGUACAGUUUCCCUCACAACAAGAAAGUCUGCGUUCAAAUCUCUUCUAAGACUUUUUCAGCAUGUAUUUGUCAUGCUCUACCCAUCCCUGUGUUGGUUUUCUCUGCAUACACCAGUUUCUAUCUGAUGUUCAGGUAAAGAAGGGGUUAACUGGUCUUUGUAAUUGCAUUCAGGCGUGACCGUUUUUUAUUUUUAUUUUUAUUUUUUUACAGUUGUUGUCCUGUGUCCCUGUCUGAUCUUUAAUUAACUUGUAACCUGUUUAGUCUAACCUGUGCAGCUCACUGGCUGUAGGGAAUAAUAACAACUUCCUUGUUCCUAGCAAUGAUUAAAAGGUAUGGAAUGAAUGUACAGAUAA